ACAGUCCGAAGAGAAAAGGAGAAGAAUCUGUUUGCUCUCUUACAUUUCCCCUCCCUCUGUAAGAGAGUGAGCGAAAACGACGAAGAAGACGAUGGAUGAUGGCGUCAUUCAUUAGCAGGCCUGUUUUUGGGUUGGAAUUGAAAGUCUGAGGGUUUUUUUUAUCUGGGUUGAGUUUUUCUUUCGCCGGAGGUAAUUUCAUGGAUCCCUGUCCUUUUGUGCGGCUCACUGUGGGGAAUCUGGCGCUUAAGAUUCCGGUGGCGACCAAGCCUGCUCGCACGGCGGUGCAUCCUUCGUCGUCUCCUUGCUUUUGUAAAGUCAGGCUGAAGGGCUUUGCUCUCCAGACUGCCGUCGUGCCGUACAUUCUGCCGGAUAACCAGUUCCCCGACGGCCAGGUCCAGUCUCUUGCGGCGAGCUUCCAUUUGAGCAAGUCCGAUCUCGAGAAGCUCGCGGCCAAGUCGCUUUUCGGAGGGAAAUUGCACCUGAAAAUCUCGAUCUACACUGGCCGGAGGGGCACGAGCUGCGGCGUCAACUCCGGGAGGCUGUUGGGGAAGGUGUACGUCCCGCUGGAUCUCACGGGGGCGGAGACCAGAGCCAUUGUUUUCCACAGUGGUUGGACUACCGUCGGGAAGGACUACAAAAACUCGGCCGCCCAAUUUCACAUGAAUGUCAAGGCUGAACCGGACCCGCGAUUCGUCUUUCAAUUCGACGGAGAGCCGGAAUGCAGCCCCCAGGUGUUCCAAAUCCAAGGCAACAUUCGUCAGCCGGUUUUCACCUGCAAAUUCAGCUUCCGCUCCUCCGCCGACCGGAAUCAACGCUCCAGAUCAAUGGCGAUGGAGCAAAGUGGUUCGAGAGGGUGGUUAAGUUCGUUCGGGAGCGAAAGGGAGCGGCCCGGUAAGGAGCGGAAAGGAUGGUCAAUCACGGUUCACGACCUCUCCGGUUCACCGGUUGCGGCAGCCUCAAUGGUGACUCCGUUCGUUGCCUCCCCCGGUUCGGACCGAGUCAGCCGGUCGAAUCCGGGAUCGUGGCUGAUUCUGCGGCCUGGAGACGGCACCUGGAAGCCAUGGGGCCGUUUAGAGGCAUGGCGGGAGCGGGGAUCUGCGGACGGACUCGGAUACCGGUUCGAGCUGAUUCCGGACUCGGCCGCAUCCGGGAUCGUGCUCUCCGAGUCGACGCUGAGUUGCAGCAAAGGCGGGCGGUUCAUGAUCGAUCUGGCUUCGGCCGCGAACGGGUCAAGGACGCCGAAGAGCGCGACGUCGCCGGGCUGCAGCCCGAGGGGCAGCGGGGAUUACGGGAAGGGCACGUGGCCGUACUACUACAGAGGGUUUGUCAUGUCGGCGAGCGUGGAAGGAGAGGGCGCCGGAAGAGGGAAGAGCGGGAAGCCGAGCGUGGAGGUGAGCGCGCAGCACGUGAGCUGCACGGAGGACGCCGCGGCUUUCGUGGCUUUGUCGGCGGCGAUUGAUCUCAGCAUGGACGCCUGCAAGCUUUUUUCUCAAAAGCUCCGCAAAGAGCUCUGCCCAUCUCAAGAUUUACUCACUUGAUUUUACCUCUUUUUUUUUUCUUUUUACGUAAUCGAUUAUUUUAAGGUCUGUUUGGUUGGAUGUUUGUUAAUGGGUGGUAAAAAAAAGUAGGCGAUGGUUUUUGGAGUAUGUCGCGGCUUGUUUGGCUAACAGAAGAGGGGGGUAAUUUUGUACAGUGGAGAAGUGUGAAUUUUUAAUUUACUACCCAGUGACACAGACGUGGGGGCACGCACUGUCUAGCUUUUUAAAAUUAGACUAGGGGUGUGUUUGGAUUCUGUAAUUUCAUUUUGGACUGCGACCUGUGGCUGUUUCAUAUCAAUUGUUGUCAAAUUGUUUUGUGUUUUCCGUUUGUCAAUCUGUCAUUAUUUACUCUACUAUCUGCUAUAUGUUUUUUCUAGGAUGUGUUUGGUUGCUUGGAGUUGGAGGGAACUUUCAUCUUUGGCAGAAUAAUUUAUUUUAGUUUUU